GUUUGCUAGGCAAGUGUUCUACCACUUGAACUACACUUCCAGCUAGAGUUGAUUUUUUAAACCAUUUUUAUGGGUACAAUUCUGUAGCAUUAAGUACUUUGUUAUGCUACUCCCAUUGCUAUCAUCCACACAACUCUUCAUCUUGCAGAACUGAAACUCUGGACCUAUUGAAAACUAGGUCCUUCUGUAAAACAUAUAGCUUGUACAAGUGUCCUCAGCUUCUGGUAACCACAUUCUACUUUUUGUCUAUGGGUUUACUAUACUAGGUGCCUCCACAUAAGUGCAUUUAUUUGUUUGACCUUUUGUGACUGGCUUCAAAAUUCAUCCAUGUUGAAACAGCUGAAUGGCAUUGCAUAGAAACCAGGCUAACAUCUCCCAGGGGAUUCCAGUAUGCAGCAGAUUGUUCCCAGUGUGUCCUACUCAAGGACAGUGGGGCAGAACUCUGUCUGGUACUUCGCAGUGGCCCCAGAUGAGCCAGUCUCAAACCUGCAGUGGAGCAGAAGAGAUUCCAGGAAUAGAUGUACAACAUAGUAGAAAGUAUCAUACCCCAAAUAAGCUUCCUACCUUCAAAGAUUUCCCACAGCCUGUGGAAGAAAAGGUUGGAAUCUUCACAAAGAUAAUAGAAGCUAUGGGAUUCACAGGACCUUUGAAAUACAGUAAAUGGAAGAUUAAGAUUGCAGCCCUGCGCAUGUAUACUAGCUGUGUGGAGAAAACUGACUUCGAGGAAUUCUUUCUAAGGUGUCAGAUGCCCGACACAUUCAAUUCAUGGUUUCUUAUAACCCUGCUUCAUGUCUGGAUGUGUCUGGUCAGAAUGAAGCAGGAAGGCCGGAGUGGGAAAUACAUGUGUCGCAUCAUUGUUCAUUUUAUGUGGGAGGAUAUUGAGCAGCGUGGUAGAGUCAUGGGGGUUAAUUCCUAUAUCCUGAAGAAGAAUAUGCUUCUUAUGACAAAUAAUUUCUAUGCAUCAAUCCUGGGAUAUGAUGAGGGGGUCCUCUCCGAUGACCACGGGCUGGCUGCCGCCCUCUGGAGAACCUUCUUCAACCAGCAGUGUGAAGACCCGCGGCAGCUUGAGCUGCUGGUGGAAUAUGUGAGGAAGCAGAUGCAAUACCUGGAUUCCAUAGAUGGAGAAGACCUGCUGCUGACAGGGGAGGUGAGCUGGCGCCCUCUGGUGGAGAAGAAUCCACAGAGCAUCCUGAAGCCCCAGGCUCCCACUUACAAUGAUGAAGGCCUUUGAGGGCCAGAUCCCCUGGACAGUUGGCCAGCUUGGAAUCUGUUGGAACCUUGGCGAGAGAAGUACUGUUUGAUCCAAGAUCCCACAGAAAGUAGCCCGAACUGACCUUUGAACAGCAUCUGUCAAAUACCCGGUCCCAUUUGUGUUGUUUCCUCUUCCUAUGUCCUGGAGGCUGAUAGGGGGGAGGGGCAGUGCCGAGAGAAUUCCUAGCCCUUCGGAAAUGUCCCCUCCUUUGAAGGCGUCCCAAGCUGGAGCUGCUCAGCACACCCCCCCUCGGCCACCACAGGACACAGCUUUCCCCACAGGCUGAGGAGAGGGUGGGUGGGUUGGAAUGGGAGGGGCCUUAGAGUUUAUCAUGCUGCAGAAUGGAGACAGGGCAGCCCCGCUGUCCCCAGCUUGGAGCCGUGGGGCCAAGUUGGCCAUUAAAUGAAAACAGAGAUGUUACCUCUGCCCCCGGCACUUUUUUCUCCAGGGGCUUCCAGGAGCUCAGGUGAGGUGAUGGAUGUUGAGAGCUAAGGAGCACUGCCCAGCUCAGUGACAGGAAGAGGGAGAGGUCAAGGGUCACCAUCCAACCACAGCACAGCUUGCCAGGCACAUCUUUGGGAUCCAGAAGGCCUCUGGUGGCCAAUGGUCUCGUUACAUCCUAAGUCAUUUGGAAACAGGCCUCAAGAACAAAGGACCCUUUGUCACCACAGUGAGCCGGGCAAGAAGCUAUCAUUCUUCUCUCGGCCUUCCCUUAUAUGAGAUACUGAGGUGAAAAGAACAUUCUUUCUAGCUUAGUUGUACUGUACCAGGACCCAGCCCCGUGCCCAGCUUUCUACUGUCUCCCCAGAUUCCAGAGCAUGCGUUCAGAGCCAUCUGGUCUGGGCACUUGAGGAUCAGUCUCCUCCCUCCCUCCCUCCCUUUCUCUCUUUCUCUGUCAUCUCUUGGGGGAUUUUCUUAAAUUGAGCAAAGGGGAAAGGGAACCGUUUUGCCCCUCCCUCCCCCAUCAACUUCCUUCAUUGAACUUGCUAUAAAAUGAGUCAUAUAAAGAAACUCUAUACGGGUGAGGUAUAUCCCACUUCUGCGAAAACAUUACAAAUCAAACUGCCUUCCCUCAGUUUAUUUAAGAUGCUUUUGUUGCGAGUGGAGCUCUCGAGUGAAGCCUCCUCUGUGUAUGUGAGAUAAUAACACCUUGUAACUCAUUACAGCUGGGCACUAUUUACAUAAACCAGAGCCGAGCCAGGCAGGAAUUUGCUGAUUAAUUUAUUUUUAAUGGAGUGAAGUAUACCAUGCACCAAAAUAAACUUUACUGUGUGUACCUAA